GUUGUUUAUAGUUGCCGUUGAACAGCUGAUUUUGACGUUUCUUAUCAAGUAGAAAAAUUUUCCAAAAGGAAAUUUGUUGAAAAUUGACGAAAAGCGAUGAAAUUAUAGUAACUCGCUGUGUGAAAGUAAACUUUUUCCCUAAAAAAAAUUAUGUUAAGUCGCUUGAGACCCUUGACUCAAAUUUCUCAGUAUUAUUUGCGGUUACCACAAGUUUCUUUGACUUCAAUUAAGUUCUAUUCUCGCUUCUCGUCGGCACACAUGAUGGCAAAAUCAGACGUUUUUCGACUUUCCGACUACGAUUGCAUCGGCUUCGAUCUGGAUAACACCCUUGUGCAGUACAAAAUUCAGGAAAUGGUCAAAAUGGAGUACGAGACGUUGGUGAAAUUCCUCAUCGAGACGAAAAAUUAUCCGAAAUGCCUGCAAGACCCGAUCGAUUACGACUUUUUACAGAAAGGACUGAUCCUGGAUUUCGCCAAAGGCAAUAUCUUGAAGCUCGAUGGUGCAGGAAGAAUCGUUAGAGCAAGUCACGGCACGAAAUUCAUGUCAGAAGAUGAAAUUGAAGCAGUUUAUCCCGAACGUAGAUGGAUUGUUACCGACGAGUACGUGGCAAAUCCUCUUGAAACAUGGAAUGGACCGCUAGCGGAGAAGAUGAGAGCUCUUCUGGACUACUUUGAUAUGUCAGCAUCGCUCAUUUUUGGUCGCAUGGUUGAUUAUAUCGACGCUGUACGGGCUUCCGGCGAGAAAUGUGACUUUGAAUUGUGGCCUGAUAUCUUGGAUGGGCUUCGUACGAUGUACGAUCGUGAAAAUUUUCGUCUCAACAAGGGCGGAUACUUCCCCGAGAUGAAGGCAAAUCCAGAAAAAUACAUCCACAAAGCGAGUGCCGACUUGUUAAAGUGGCUUCAAGAGGUUAGUGAUAAGAAAACAACGUUUCUCAUUACCGGAUCUCACGUAAAUUUUGCAAAUCUCACUGCCACACAAGCGCUCGGACCAGAUUGGCGCAAAUAUUUCAACUUUAUCGGAUGUUUCGCGAAGAAACCGGGAUUUUUCACGGGCGCAAAACCCUUCGUUCGACUAGAUGGCGACCUUGAAACGAUUGCUUUGACUCCCGAUCAACUUGAACUCGGGCCAAUUUACUCGCAAGGCAAUUGGCGCGACAUGAUUCAACUGCUGGCACGUCACACAGGCAAAAAUCAACCGCGUUUCUUGUAUUUCGGCGAUAACAUCAUUCAAGAUGUUUACACGCCAGCCAAAUUCACGAAAUGCGAUACCAUUACGGUAUGCGAAGAGAUGCUCGGCGAAGGCAUGAAAUGCAUCGAGGAACUGCAUCAAGACACAAUUUUGCUAAAAUCGCACACUUGGGGCUCGUACUUCAGUCACAACCGAAAACCAUCAUUUUGGGCGGAACUCAUCGAGAAAUACUCGAAAAUUUGUAUUCCGAGUGUCGAAACGCUCGCGAAAUAUUCGUUCGAUCAUGAGUUUUAUACGUUCACCGAAAGCGAACAUAAGAAGGGAUUUUAUCCUGAGGAUCCCGUGCACGUCGAAUAAUUUAAAAAAAAUAUUUUUG